UUUUAUUUAUUUAGAAACAGUCUUACUCUGUAGCCCUGCAUAGAGUACUGUGGUGGCAUAGCUCAUGGCAACCUCAAACUCCUGGGCUCAAGCAAUCCUCUUGCCUCAGCCUCCCCAGUAGCUGGGACUACAGAUGCCCACCAGAACACCUGGCUGGUUUUUCUAUUGUUAGUAGAGGCAAGGUCUCGCUCUUGCUCAGGCUGGUCUUGAAUGCCUGAGCUCAAGCGAUACUCCUGCCUUGGCCUCCCAGAGUGCUAGGAUUACUGGCAUGAACUACCAAUGGAACCUGGCCAGUUCCAGUGUUUCUGAUCCUGUUUAUCUUACUGGUUCAUCUGUCCUUAAAUCUGUAUCUGUCACUCAGUGUGUGUGCACAUGUGUAUGUUUAUGUGUAUUUCUGUUUCUUGCUUACUCAUUGUGGGGCUUAGCCCUGUGCAUGAUGCUACCCACUUUGAUCUCAGUCCAGUUAAGGCUGUCCUACCAGUAGCAAACCUGCCCCCACUUUCCUCUAGUCCAGAGACUAAAAUGUGAGUGGAAGUGCUCACUCAGAUAAAACUAUGUCUCCCAGGCCACCCACUUCCCUAUCUUUUGUCCCACCCCCACAUAGGGAAGAAUCCUAACAAGCAAUACCAAGGUGGCAGCCAGACAGUACUGUCUGAAGUGACCUCAUUCUUCCUCCUCACUGACAUUCCCAGAAUCAAAUAGUCUUUAUGAGGGUGAGGAUGGAAAAGGAUCAAUUCUGCUGUUUGGAGGGAUGUCCAGAGUCCUCGGAGGAAAGAUGGGACAUGUGUCAGUGACCCUGUGUCUGUGGGAGCAGAAAGGCUCUGUGGGGUUAGGGCAGAUGGUUACUUUCUCUCUUUUUUGGGUCUCCAUGUUGCUCCUCUGUGUGAUUCUGAGUCAAUGCUUCAGCCCUUCUUACCUGUCCUCUUCCACUGACCAACAGCCUCACUGCCUAUUACCCUGGCUCCCUGACUUCAUAGUUCCUGGCAUAGUGUCCAUAGCCCAUCCCACUUUAACUGUAGAGGUGGGAGGGGAGAAGAUGAUGGGGGAAAGGAAAACCUCCUUCAAAUAAUCCCCUUUCCCUCUCUAUUUAUUUAUAGAGACAGGGUUUCACUUUAUGGCUCUCGGUAGAGUGCCGUGGCAUCACACAGCUCACAGCAACCUCCAACUCUUGAGCUUAAGCGAUUCUCUUGCCUCAGCCUCCCGAGUAGCUGGGACUACAGGCGCCCGCCACAACGCCCAGCUAUUUUUUUGUUGCACUUCAGCUGGGGCUGGGUUUGAACCUGCCACCCUCGGUAUAUGGGGCCGGUGCCUUACUGACUGCCACAGGUGCCACCUUCCCUCUCCCCUUUAAAACGGGAGCGACUUUUCUUUCCCAGGCCUCAAGCCCUCAAAUGCAUUCGAGGCCUUAUUAUUGGGAUCAGAACAAACCAAGGAAAUCACUUGGGCAGAAAGAGGAGGUGGAUGUAAAAAUAAAAAGCAUAUGGAGGGUUGGGGUAGAGUAAGGGAGCGACUGGAGAGUUCCCAGGGACCAGGGUAGCCAAAGCCACUGAGGAGGAGGAAAGGGAGCGAGAAUGGCGUAGGCUCCAACAGCCUGGCCCCUCCGAGGCCCCCAGGUUUCCUGUCGCUCGUAAGCCAGCUUCUGCUCCUUCCUCUUGUGGGAUUUCUCCGCAGUCUCUCCCGUGUCAGCUUGUCUCUGUCUCUAUGCGUGUCUCUUCUCCUGUAUGGGUGUCGGCGACUCUCCGUGGGUUUGUCGGUCUCGCGCGGGCCUAUGGCUUUCAGCUCACCCUCCUGUCCUGGCCCUCGGGGUGGACUGUGGGUCUGGCGCCCCGCCCCCGGGCAGCACUAUUGGCGGAGAAGUGGCGAGAGGCGUGGUCUCGCCGAUCUCAGGGGGCGGGGCUAGUUCCCGCUAGCCAGCUGCUGGCGGGGGGUGAGUCCGGUGGGGCGGCGGGCGGGGCGGCUGGGGCCGAGUCCGGAGCUCCAGGCGUUCGCAUUGUUUUCCUGCGCGAAUCCGCGGCGGGAGUCUGGGUUGCGAUUUGGACUUGGGGCUCUCCGGACCCGACAGCGCCCCGAAGCUAAAAUCCGAGAGCCAUUCAAUUCGGUCGCUCGUCGCAUCUUCCUGAGCCCCAACCACGGACUGCCAAGUCCACGAGGCGCGUGGCCGCCGGCCGCCCGAUGCGGUCUCUGUCACGCUGACCGCGAUCCCGGAGCAAGUACUCGGGGAGGGGUGGGGCUGCUUGAGGUGAGGAGGGACCCGGGCGCGCAGACUGUGGCGACCUUCCCAAGUGCUGGAGGGACCCGGUGGGGUGCCGGCGCUCUGGACGCCGGGCUGGCGGAGAGGGUCAGCGAAGUUAGGGUGCAGGUGGGGAGGAGGGACGGUGGUUGGGCCCCAUCGCUGCACUGUAGUUCGGAGGGUAUGGGCACCUUGUCAACUGGGCUUUCUCAGAGUCGCGUCCCGCUGUAAUGGGGAGAGGGAACGGGGAUUAUUUGAAGCGCGCACCGUAGGGAAGGUGGAAAACCUGGCCCCUUGCUUCCCUCGCAGGGAAAUUAAGGCUCUGAAGCCCGCGGAGAGCUACCUCUGGACCCCCGCGGGGAUGCUAAGGGGGCGCCUCAUUUUGGACUUUGGUGUCACGGUUACACCUCAGUCCUUACGCAAGCGGACCUGGGGUCGGCUUGGCACAGAAUCAGGGAAAGGACUCCCCCAACAGCCUCGGUCCCAGCACCCAUCUCCUUCUUCCGGUCCGCUCGGCCGGGGGCUUUGUUAGACUGAGUCCCCCGGGGAGGAGAUCAGAGCCGGCUGCUGCCUCCCGCGCCCACGGACCCCGCGCAGCGCGGGCCUCGGGCCCGCCCUCGUCUGUUCUCAGCCUCUGGCCGGGUUUCCCUGCACUGCGAGACCCGCCUCAACUCCCCAACCCCCGCUCCCAUCCCCACUCCGUCUGAGCCUGCAGGCCCCUCCAGCCCCUCCUCCCGCUAACGUGGCUGUGGGACCCGGUCCCGGCCCAGACUCUGCUACCCGCCCCUCCUCACAGCCCCAGAUCCAGUGAGGGGGAGACACUUCGAUCCCUUGGCCCCAGGCCCACCUCUUGCGACGUUCUAAGCACCUGGAUGAGCCUCAUUGGGAAUUGCUUAGGAGGGAGAGUAGGUACCAAGCCUGGGUGAACCAGGGGUAGGAGAAAGGUCUUGCUUGGAGAAGGAACGCGCCGGCUCCGCCAGGCUUCUUGGCGUGCCCCUGCUCCCGAGGAAGGUGGAUUGGAGCCGGCGACUAGCCCAAAGCUUCCUGCUAUUGUCCCUAGCCCAGUUUCCCCUUCUCUGUCUCUUCUCCAUCUCCGCUAAGGCUCUAUGACCCCGGCCACUCCCCAGAGGUGGCUACAGGGGACAAGAGGAGAGAAAAACGCUGUUUCCUCUUCCCAGCAAGGGGAGGAUCUAGAAACAAGAGACAGUCGGCCAGAUCUCUCGCAUUUGCUUCAGAUGGGGCGUAUGAAGCAGUUGGGAUUCCUCCAGGGCAGAGUAAACCUUUCUCCAGGCCAGGGGUUGGCUGGGAGCUGCCCAGAUGCUGUUCCUCCAAAUCAGCAAUGGGAAACCCUCUUAAAAAUGUAUUGUAGUUGAGCCUAUAAGGCCAAUGCAAAGGCCAACCGCGUAUUUUUAGGCGCUAGACUAAUGCAGCUGAAAGUGUGUGUGUGUGUGCAUGUGAAAAGAGAUUGGGUUGGUGGGAGGUAGGGCCUGCUGGAAGGAAGGGGCGGGGUGUGUGUGUGUGUUUGCUAUCAGAGCAUUUUGCCUGGAAAUGAAGAGCAUGUAAAUGAGAUGCAAAUUAGUCUCUAUUGUCCCUCCCUAGUGAGCUCUUGCUAGGAAGGCUGUUGGAAUCUGAGGGUUUUGACAUGGGAGUGGUCAUCAGGCCCCACAAACUCUUCCAGUUACCCCUUUUGCCAAGGGCUGGCCCUGAAGUUCCAGGAGUUUCUGGCUAGGGGCCAUCUUCAUCCCCUGCCGUCACACCUCUGGGCAUGACAGCACCUUUGUAAUCCAACUAAAUGUCACCAGCAACCCCCCCUUCUAUAGUGUCAUCUCCUAUAUCUUAGCCUCAAUAGACUUCCUGAAUUUUCACAUUUACUCUUAAGGGGUGUGGUGAGGAAGGUGCAUGUAAAUCAGUCUCUGCUUUCCUUUUGUCCCAUCUUCCAUCAGGUCAGAGGUCUUCCAUCCCUCUCAAAUCCCCACAAGAGUCACCUUCCCAGGUAAGGGAAGAGCAGUACCUCCUGAGGACAGGGGAUGAAAGCAGGCAUGGCCAGGGAGCAGGAAAGAGGGUCUGGCUAGUUUCCCCACUUGGCAGAGACCAAAGUUGUUUCCAGGGUGAAGAUACCAGUUGCUCAGGGCAACUUGGGGGCGGGGGUUAGGGAGGAUAGAAGACAAGCUGUGUCCCUUUCUCUUCCUCUGGGGGCAUCAGCAUCUGGAAACACAAAAGUGGGGGAGGGAGCAUGCCCCAGCCUUUGAACGGGAGGGUCGUUAGUUAGCUAUCUUGACUCCUCUGCCCCUGGGGAAGGCGGGUCAUCAUUAGAUGUACCUACCCCUUCCCCUCCUCCAGCUCUCUUGGGACUUCACCUGACGUCAGCCUCCCCACUGGAGACACUGGAUUGGGGGUGAGGGGAUGCUUGGGUCCUGGCUCAAAGAGUGGAAUUGUUGGGGAGAUAGAAGGGGAUUAGGCUUGGAAGGCCAGGGUCUCUCUUGUAGGGGACAUUGAUGGAUGGGCAAGUAAGGAAUAGCGAAGGGUAGUUAUUUGUUCAUGAAAAUAAAGGCUUCUCACCCUUCCUGACCUGAUUUCUGGAACCUACUCUGCCCUUCACUUCAAUUUCAGGAGAAUGCAAGGUGUGUACCUCCCACUGUGGGGCCUAGCCAGGGUCAGCUGGGCUGGGGGAGGUUGAUGACUGGGAAAGAGGCCUGUCUCACCAUCCUUUCCAUCAUAUUCACCUUUUCUUGGACUUUAGGUUACAGUUGCCAGCUUGUCAUUGAAUUAUUUAUAUUUCAAUUUCAGAGGCAACCUGAUGAGGGAAUGAAGGGAAAGAGAGGCACAUUUAGCCCUUUCACCUCAUUAGUCCCUUUUAUCUCUACUUCCUUAAAGGGGUGCACCAGUCCUUAGGAGCCAGGGAGGGAGCAGGGGGCUGGAGAGAUUGGGAGGGGGCCCAGUGGGUCUAGGGGAACAGCUGCAGCCAGAGCUAAAUUUAGCCUCUGAUCUGGCUUUGAUGCAGAUUCAUUUUUGGCUAAGACAGUCCCCCUCCUCCAACUCCUCUCCCUGCCCAGCCUCUUCCCUAGCAGUAGGAAGGGGCCCUGAAGGAGGAGUUUAGACCUGGACAGUGACCCCUAGUCUGUCCCCCUUGACCCUAUCUUCCUCAGUUCUAGAGAGGACAGUGGCAGCCAUGUAGCACUGGGCCCAGUGCCUGCAUUGCUCCUAGGAUGCUAUGGGGGUCUGCAAGGGAGGGUGAGGCAGACAUGGUGCCCUCUUUCUCCUCCCAGUGCCAAGGAGACACUAUUUAUAAUUUAAGGCUUCGGUGUCUAAUUAUAGCUGAGAAGGGGUUAGCAAGAGGGGGGCCAGGAGGUGUCAACUACUGAAUGUCCCAGACCUGGUCAGGAGAGAGGAGGAAAGGCUGAGUGAGAAGGAUGGGAGGGGGGUGAGUAUGUCCUGUCCUUACCUGGGGUCACAGGCCUCACUUUAGCCAGUUUGGGCCAGUUGGAAAGGGAAGGCCCUUGAGUGACAAUGACAGCUGGCUGGGACUCGGACAGUUCUAGAGAGAGGGUUCUUUCCCCUACCUAACAGGGUCUUUUGGGGAUAGACCAGGAGAGGAAUCUGCCUGCAUCAAGGGUGGAGGGCACUUGGCCCCUACCCACUUUUCUCUUUCCUCUUUCAGGACCAGCAUAUGGGUGAGGGGGUACCCCCUGGGGCCUGAGCUGCCCCGCACAGGAUGCCCCGUGCCCCCCACUUCAUGCCCUUGCUGCUAUUGCUGCUGUUGCUCUCACUUCCCCGUACUUGGGCUGGAUUUCCCCAGGACCCCCUCCCUCUGUUGACCUCUGACCUACAGGGCUCUUCCCCUUUAUCCUGGUUCCGGGGCCUGGAGGACGAUGCUGUGGCUGCAGAACUUGGGUUGGACUUUCAGAAAUUCCUGACCUUGAACCGGACCUUGCUGGUGGCUGCCCGGGAUCAUGUUUUCUCCUUCAAUCUUCAAGCUGAAGAAGAAGAAAGAGAGGGGCUGGUACCCAGCAAGUAUCUAACAUGGAGGAGCCAAGACAUGGAGAACUGUGCUGUCCGGGGGAAGCUGACGGAUGAGUGCUACAACUACAUUCGUGUUCUUGUUCCCUGGGACUCCCAGACACUCCUUGCCUGUGGAACAAACUCAUUCAGCCCCGUGUGCCGCAGCUAUGGGAUAACUUCGCUGCAGCAGGAGGGUGAAGAGCUGAGCGGGCAGGCUCGAUGCCCCUUUGAUGCCACCCAGUCCAACGUGGCCAUCUUUGCAGAAGGAAGCCUGUACUCAGCAACAGCCGCAGACUUCCAGGCCAGUGAUGCUGUAGUUUACCGAAGCCUCGGGCCUCAGCCCCCACUCCGCUCCGCCAAGUAUGACUCCAAGUGGCUUCGAGAGCCACACUUUGUCCAUGCCUUGGAGCAUGGAGACCAUGUCUACUUCUUCUUCCGAGAGGUCUCCGUGGAGGACGCCCGGCUGGGCAGGGUGCAGUUCUCCCGUGUUGCCCGAGUCUGUAAACGUGACAUGGGGGGCUCACCUCGGGCCUUGGACCGCCAUUGGACAUCCUUCCUGAAGCUGCGGCUUAACUGCUCUGUCCCUGGAGACUCUACCUUCUAUUUUGAUGUCUUACAGGCCUUGACCGGGCCUGUGAAUUUUCAUGGCCGCUCUGCUCUCUUUGGGGUCUUCACCACGCAGACCAAUAGCAUCCCUGGGUCUGCAGUCUGUGCCUUCUAUUUGGAUGAUAUUGAGCGUGGAUUUGAGGGCAAGUUCAAGGAGCAGAGGAGUCUGGAUGGGGCCUGGACCCCUGUAUCUGAGGACAGGGUCCCCUCACCCAGGCCAGGGUCCUGUGCAGGAGUAGGAGGAGCUGCCUUGUUCUCUUCUUCUCGAGACCUCCCUGAUGAUGUUCUGACCUUCAUCAAGGCUCACCCACUGCUGGACCCCGCUGUGCCAGCUGCCACCCAUCAGCCUCUUCUCACUCUCACUAGCAGGGCCCUACUGACCCAGGUAGCUGUGGAUGGCAUGGCUGGUCCCCACAAUAACAGCACAGUCAUGUUCCUUGGUGCCAACGAUGGGACAGUGCUGAAGGUGCUGCCUCCAGGUGGGCAACCUGGGGGCCCUGAACCCAUCCUAUUGGAAGAGAUUGAUGCCUACAGCCCCUCUCGGUGCAGUGGGAAACGGGCAGCCCAAACAGCACGACAGAUCAUAGGGCUGGAGCUGGACACUGAGAGUCACAGGCUCUUUGUGGCUUUCUCUGGUUGUAUCGUCUACCUCCCUCUCAGCCGGUGUGGCCGGCAUGGGGCCUGUCAGAGGAGAUGUCUGGCCUCUCAGGACCCAUAUUGUGGCUGGCACAGCUCCAGAGGCUGUGUGGAUAUCAAGAGACCUGGUGGGACUGAUGUGGAUCUGGCUGGGAACCAGGAAUCUAUGGUCCACGGUGACUGCCAAGAUGGAGCUACUGGGAGUCAGUCUGGCCCCGGGGAUUCUGCCUAUGGCGUGCGCCAGGACCUGUCCCCAUCCUUGGCCUCACGCUCGGUGCCCAUCCCACUCCUCCUGGCCUGUAUGGCAGCGGCCUUCGCCCUGGGGGCCUCUGUCUCCGGCCUCCUGGUCUCCUGUGCUUGUCGCCGAGCCCACCGACACCGGGGCAAGGACAUCGAGACCCCGGGGCUGCCGCGCCCUCUCUCCCUCCGUAGCUUGGCCCGGCUGCAUGGUGGGGGCCCAGAGCUCCCACCACCAUCGAAGGACGGAGACGUAUCGUCGCCCCAGCUCUACACCACCUUUCUGCCUCCCGCUGAGGGCGCGCCCCCGCCAGAGCUGGCCUGCCUGCCCACCCCGGAGUCCACCCCGGAGCUGCCAGUCAAGCACCUCCGCAUCGCAGGGGGUCCCUGGGAGUGGAACCAGAAUGGAAACAACGCCAAGGAGGGCUCGGGCCCGGGCCGCACGGUGGGCGGCCCUGCACCCCGCGUGCUGGUGAGGCCACCUCCCCCCGGCUGCCCCAGGCAGGCAGUGGAAGUCACCACUCUGGAGGAACUGCUGCGCUACCUGCACGGCCCACAGCCGCCCAGGAAGGGCGCCGAGCCCCCCGCCGCGCCGGCCCCGCGGGUGCGCCCCCUGGAGCCGGCCUCCGGACCCGCCUGCUUCCCAGCUAGCCCGCUGCCCCGGGAGUGUGCAGCGCCCCUGAGGCUGGACGUGCCACCGGAGGGGACGUGCCCUGCUGCCCACGCCCGGCCGGCGCGCUCCGUCUCCGCUCCCCGGCUGGGACUGGGGGGCAGCCGGAGGGUGCCCUUCCCCAUGCACCGCGCGCCCCCCGCCCUGCUCACUCGCGUUCCCUCGGGAGGCACUUCCAGGUACUCCGGGGGUCCGGGCAGGCACCUCCUGUACCCAGGCCGGCCCCAGGGGUGCCGGGACCGCUCCCUGAAGAGGGUGGACAUCGAGAAGCCGCCGCUCGUCGGGCCCGCUUCCUGCCUCGCUGUUCCUAGCGGCAGCCAUUUCAACCUCUAAGGGAGCUGCCUGGAUGGCGGCCACGGACACUUCUCCCAGGACAGGUCACCUCCCCCUCUGUACUCCACCUCCAGCCUUCCUGGACUCUGAGAGUCUCCUGAGACCCCUUCUUGUCUCGGGUUUAUUUAUUGGCUGUCGACUGUCCCCUGUCCUGACGAGAGAGGAGUGGGAGGCGAGGAGCUCGUCCCCUCGGUGAGCCAGCCUUUCGGGGGAGGGAGCUGGCAGCCUCCCACUCCCCGCUCCCUCCAGCCAAGCUGCCUUAACUCGCCCCUCCGGGCUUCCUCACAGCCUGGGCUCCCGGCGGCGCUGUGCAGACUUCCCUGUCUCUGGGCCCGGGACGUGCCGCCUCCUACUGUGUAGGAGCCUCCGCUCCCCAAUACAGCUGUGCCGGAACCGCUGCCUGCCUCGAGUCGCGGCGGCGGAGGCGGGGAGGGCGGGGAACCGUCGCUCUGGCUCUGGGAGCCUUUGUCCCUGAAGCUCUGCUUUCUCCCUGGUCUUACGCGCUCUCUCGGGUAAUUGGAGUGGCUGCGGUCCCACCGGGGUUAAUCAGGAAAGGUUUCCAGAAGGAGGCAAGCAGAUAAAUGGUGUCGGGAUUGGCCGGGGCCCAGGAGACUCACGAGAGAGUUUAGAUGGGGUUGGGGAUGGCACUCAGCUCUUCUCUGGAUUGAGGUUAAGGGGGACUUUUUAUUUUAUUAUUAUUGUUGUUGUUGUUGUUUUUUGAGACAGAGCCUCAAGCUGUCGCCCUGGGUAGAGUGCUUUGGCAUCACAGCUCACAGCAACCUCCAACUCCUGGGCUUAAGCGAUUCUCCUGCCUCAGCCUCCCAAGUAGCAGGGACUACAGGCGCCCGCCACAACACGAGCUAUUUUUUGGUUGCAGCCGUCAUUGUUGUUUGGUGGGCCCGGGCUGGAUUCCAACCUGCCAGCUCAGGUGUAUGUGGCUGGCGCCUUAGCCGCUUGACCCACAGGCGCGAAGCCAUUAUUUAUUUUAUUUUUGAGACGUCUCAAGCUGUCUCCCUGGAUAGAGGCGUCACGGUUCACAGCAACCUCAAACUCUUGGGCUUAAGCGAUUCUCUUGCUUCAGCCUCCGGAGUAGCUGGGAAUCCAGGUGCCGAGCUGUAUUUAGAGACGGGGGUCUCGCUCUUGCUCAGGCUGGUCUCGAACCUGUGAGCUCAGGCCAUCCACCGGCCUGGGCCUCCCAGAGUGCUAGGAUUCCAGGUAUGACCCACAGCGCCCUGCCUGGGAGGGAAUUACUUUGAGAAAUAAAAUGAAGCUGCAGGGUAAGUGAUAGAAACUUCAAAUCAGGAAAUCUUGUCCUCAGAAGCAUUGACUGGAAGAUUUUGAGUCGCUUGAGAGGUGGGCUGCUAAAAAACUGCAAAGGAUUCAGCCAUACUGGGCAAGGAUUGGUCCCAGAAGAUGCUGAGGGAGCAGCCGGGUUCAGGGAACAGGAGGGCCCUGGAGAGUGUGAUUCCUCACGCGCAUGCGCACCCUCCCAGGCUGCGCCUUUCAGCCUCAUCCCAGCCUGGAUCCGGGAUUGCUAGGGCUGGGGCUGCAAGAUGUUUGUCCAUUACCCCGGGAGUCAAUGGGAUAGGCGAACGGGGCCACCUGCUCCGCCUACCUCCCUUGAGCUGAGAACUCUUAAGACCUCGCACUGGCUGUGACCUCACGUGCGGGUUUACAGGUCGGGUUUUCGCCUGCGCUUGGCCUGGGUACCAUCCAGUCUGAGCACUCAGACUAACGUUCUCCCUCUGGCUCGGCCUGGGGGCUCAUACCGAGCCCUGCAGCUAAGGAAGCAGCACUAAUCCCUUUCCCAGUUUGCUACCUGAGUUACCUCGGCGGGAGACUGAGAAA